AUGGAGGCAGCGGAGAUGGGGAAGACGAUUGAGAGACAAAAUAAUCCAAGACCACCACCACCGAUGAUGGGCAGCCAUGAUCAUCAUCGGCUGUUUUUGUUAGAAGAAGUUGUGUUUAACGUGUUAUCGAGGCUACCUGUGAAGACCCUAUUGAGAUUCAGGUGCGUAUGUAAAUUAUGGCGUUAUAUCAUCUCUGAUGAUCCUCACUUUAUUCGCCUCCACUCUCGUCAUCAUUCCAAAUCCAAAUCCGAACCAUGUCUUUUCUUCGUCUCGUUAACUCCUCCCAAAGAAUGGGAAAAGCAUAGAGAAGAAGGGAACCCAAUAAGCAGAUUUGAAUUCAAGUCUAAGACACUUUUACCUUUUGUGAUACCUACUUGUUUCGAUCUAGUUUGCAUUCAAGACUCUGAUAUCAUUCAUAUCUGUAAUCCUAGUACACAUGAAUUAAUUACAUUACCAAAACCUCCUCGUACCUCCUUCUCAUCUUGUGGGCCUGAUGGCUCAGUGGGUUUCGGAUAUGUUAGCUCAACUGACGAGUACAAAGUCGUUCGUUUGAUUCCACCCGUAUAUGGCCUUGGAGGAAAUCGUGGUGAAUUCACUACUAAAUGUCUUGUCUUUACAUUAACGGAGAGAAGGGGUUCUUCUUCUUCUUCAUCAUCUUCAUCAUGGGGUUGGAGACGCGUGGUAGAUUCUCCAUACCAGGUCAGCAAGUAUCACCCAGCUUUUGUUAAGGGAGCCAUCCACUGGUUGGUGUACUAUUGCCCGAGAAUUGAUACUGAGUUCUAUGAUGGACAUAUGAUUGAUCCUAGAUAUACAAUCGUCGCGUUUGAUGUGGAAAAAGAAGAAUUCAGAUUAAUCAAACAUCCUAGAUGUCGUGAUCUUAGGUCUUUGAAAUAUUCUGAUUUUCAAUUGGUGGAGUUGAGAGGGUUCCUAUGCCUUUCAUGUGUUGAUGGUUCCAAAAUGGACAUAUGGAUGUUCAAAGACUACCACUACAACAAGAAUGGUUCAUGGGUGAAAGAAUACAGCAUUGAUAUUAACGUCUUACACCCUCUCUACCACUAUCAAUACCAGAGUGAUCACAGUUAUCGCUACAUGGAGGCCGAUUUUGACUACUGUGUACCUAGGGAUAUAAAGGAUAGAAAGAUGUUAAUUGAGACACGUAUCACAGGUUUAGGCUAUCAUCAUCUCCAAACCAAAAGUUUUGAAGAAUUUAUUGAUAGUAAAUGGACACGAUAUCUGUGCUCCAGUUUCUUCUACACAGAGAGUUUGCGUUCACUUAAAACGAAACAAUCAGCAAAGGGAAACCAUGAAGAAUUAACCUGUAAGCAAAUUGUUGAGUGCCAUAAAUUGCCCUCAUGA